CCAAGUCAAAAUGGCUUGAGGAGAUGAAAAAUUUACAGUGACUGAACCCAUCUCAAGAAAAUGCAGAACUCAAGAUCUUUGAAAUCCAUUUCAAGAAUCUUUCUUGUAAUGCUAAGCACUCUCUUGCUAAUUAGUCUUCUUACAAUGUUCACUUCAACUUCUAAUAUUUCUUAUCCUCCUUUCAUCUUCACUACCAAAAAAUCCAUCUCCAAUGACCUAACUUCAUUGCCUUAUUCACUUCAAACCCAAGUCUCUAAUUUGCAGACUCAGCUUGGAGUUUUGCUGCACCAGCUGCACAAUGAUAGCUCAGAUUCAAAAACACUAGCAAAGUUUUCGGAUCAAGUGCUUCGCGUAGCGGUAUCUUUGGACAAGCUGGCAGAUAGUUUAUCAGCAACCAUAUCCACCAAUGCUCCUGCAAAUGGUGAUGAAAUGAGCAAAGUUGAUAAAGAUUUAACCGAACCUGACGAAGAAAAUGAAGAAGAUCAAGAAAGAUCAAUGAGUGUGAAAAUCUUCGAUUCAGGUGAGAUUCGGACCUAUCUUUCACCAAAACCUAAUAGGCAAAGCGGCAAGAAAACGUUUCUUGGAGUAGAAGCAAUUAGUUCUUCCGUUGGUUUAUUAUGUACUACUAUGCCAACAAACGUUGACCGUUUCAUGAGCUAUAAGAAGUACGAGAUUUGUCCCGAUGACUCGGAUUUAGCUCAAAAGCUAAUAGUUAAUGGAUGUGAUCCAUUACCGAGAAGAAGAUGCCUAUCAAGAACACCUCAAAAUUACAGCAAUCCGUUGCCUGCCAACUCCUCUCUUUGGUCACAGCCAAGUGAUAAUAACAUUUUGUGGAGCCAUUAUCAAUGUAAAGGGUACUCAUGUCUUAUUUCUAAAAGAGGUUUCUCGAAAUGUUCGGAUUGUUUCGAUCUUUCAAUACAACGAUGGGGUAUACCAGAAAAUGACUCGGUUUCAGCUGAAUUUGGUAUCGAUCAAGUUUUAAGGUUGAAACCAGGAGAAAUUAGGAUCGGACUUGAUUUUAGCCCUACAACAGGAACAUUUGCUGCACUUAUGAGAGAAAGAAAUGUAACAAUUGCUUCUGCAACACUGAAUUUAGGGGCACCUUAUAAUGAGGUGAUAGCAUUAAGAGGUCUCUUACCUCUCUAUCUAUCCAUUGGUUCGAGAUUGCCAUUUUUCGAUAACACGCUUGAUAUUGUUCAUUCAACUCUGUUUUUAGAUGGGUGGAUUAGUAUGGAACUCCUCCAAUUCGCUCUGUUCGAUUGGGAUCGAGUUCUUCGACCCAAGGGACUACUUUGGAUCGAUCGUUUCUUCUGUAAGAAAGAGGAUAUGCAGAUGUAUUUGGAUGAAUUUGGAAGACUGGGAUAUAAGAAGCUACUAUGGAGAAUUGUUCCUAAAAUAGAUAAACUUGAAGAUGAACUCUUCCUUUCUGCUGUGCUAGAAAAGCCAAUUAGAAGAUGAAAUCACCAAUAAUGCACAAUGAAAAAUUGUAACCAUAAUGUACAAUGAAAAUUGUAAUUCGUAAACAUAAAGUAUUAUUUAUUUCUGCAAAAUGAUUGAUACCCAAAUAUGGAUAAAAAUACAGGAAAAUAUU